AAAAAAUCCAGAACUCAUGAAGAAAUUCAGUGUCAUGAGAUUUGCUCAAGGGGCCAUCCAACGGCCUGCGGAGAAACCUCUACCUCUUCCGCCAAAGGACUCGGCAACGGCGGAGAAGGGGCUGGACGAGGUCCCCUGCGAAGAGGAGGCUCUCCGGCUCCUUGAGGAGAGGAGACAGGUCCACAUUCCCGAUGACUCUCAGAGGGUAAUCCCUUCUAAGAAGAGGGAAUCGAAGAAAAGGGAGAGGAAGAGAAAGAGAGUCUCUUCCUCCUAUGAGGAGAGUGCCUCAAAGAGGGCCUCUGCGGGAACAACAAUAAUGUCAGCCGUACCUCUGCAAAUGAGGUCGGUGGAAGAGGAGGUGGCUUCACCUCAAGCUAAGGCGUCCCCCGUCCUGAGCCGGGGCAAAGAGAAGGUGGGAGAAUCGGCCGCGGCUCCUAAGGCGAAGGUGGAAGAGCUGUAUCGUCGUCGGGAGGUUCUUCCUUUCCGGCACAACACCCCUUUCACCGAUUCUGGCCAUAAGGGCAUGAUAACCCGAUUUAAUAGGGCGACUUCUCACUUGAUCAGCCAAGUGGAUGUUGAUCUCUUGGAGUCCCUUUCCCCCACUGAUAGGGUGCGUCAACUUCAAGUUUCCGCGGCUGAGGCUUUUCUGAGGCUGUCUGUUGAGCUCAACCUCAGUCGCCAAAGCGCCGCGGACAGGGAGACGCUGGCUGCCCUAUCCUCCCGCUGCGAUGAGCAGGACGAGGAGCUUCAAAAGCUCCGAGACGAACUGCCGGGCUUAAAGGAAAAGCUGGCUAAAUGCUCUGAGCUGAAGGAGCAUUUAGCCAGAACUGAACAGUGGCGGGAGAGGGCGAGAAAGCAACUGGAGGAGACCGUUGAGAGUCUGGACGCGGCUUCCAAUAAAUCGGCGACCCUCGGCCAUGAAAUCGGUCACCUAAUGGAUGUUCAUGCUAAACUGGUUCAUCAGAACCAGUGUCUUUUGGAACAGGUGUCGGCUGAUUCGGCCAAAUUCAAGACUUUGCUAUCCGCGGCUAGGGUUUAUAAGACCAGUUUGGAGAGACGAGCCCGAAUAGCUAGGGAUUGGCUUACUUCGGACGAGCCGGAAGCGUCGAGUUUCUUAGGGGAUCUGACAGCAGAAAUGGUGGGCAAGGGGUCCACGAUUACUGAAGAGAGGUACCGUCUGGCUGCCGCGGAGUUAGGCAUUGACUUCGAUUCCCUCAAACAAAAGGCAAAUCACAAGGGAGACGAAGCUUUGGCCAACCUAGCUCCAAUUUUGGAACGGGAGUCGGGGGUACUGGUGGACCCCAACUGGGAUAUGGAAGAGGCGAGGGCUUGGUCGGAGAGGGUUGAUGUCGCGGCUGAGAAGGAGGCAUUAUGCCUUGAUCUGGAUAAGUUAACUCUCUCCCCUCCCUCGGCCUCGGGCACCCCCGAGAACUUGGCGCUUUCCCAACUGGAGAGUUUAUGCUUAGACUUGUCAAAUCUCCUUAUCGAUGAAGGAAGAAACCUCCAGGGUUUGUCCAAGGAGCUAUCCGAGAUUGAAGUGGAGCCGUUCAACGUUGAAGAUUUUGUGAGCUUUACUCCAAGUCUUGAAGAAGGGGCAGCCGAAUCUCCUCCGUUGCCGGCCCAGGACACCGAGGGGGAUGUUGAUGCCUUUUUGGAUGAUGUUUAAUUUUUGUAAUAUAAAUUUUUGUAAUAUUAACUUUUGUAACCUUGAAUAGAAUCAAUUUGUGCGCUGAAUUAUUCGUAUGAUUAAUGAUUGUUCUUGAUACCAACGUAUUGUUGUGUUUAAGUAUUUCAAAUUCUCUUUC